AUGUCUAGAGACAACAUUAAGAUACGAGUGAUACAACCAGAAGACAGUGUAGAAGUGGUUAAAUUUGUUGUGGAACAUUUCUAUCGCGAUGAACCCCUAUGUUCAAUCGAACCCAAGAUAGUGGCCUCCCAAACAGAUAUAGAUGACAUUUUGGAAUGUAUUAAAGCGGGCUCGAGUAUUAUGGCAACACGGGAAGUGGCAGACAGCAAAGAAGAAUUGUUGGCCGUUAAUAUAGCGGCACCUAAAGAUGCCACCUGCAUAGAGAAAUACUUCAAGACGGCCGAAAAGGAGGGCAAUACAAAAUAUGGACAAAUUUUGAAAUUACUGGCCAUUGCUAAUCGUAAGGCCGACAUAUUCCAGCGCUAUCAAGUGACUAAAAUUUUCUACUCCUUCAUCACCUGUGUAAAACCCACAGCUAGAGGCUGUAAUUUGGGUAAACGUUUAAAACUGGAGAUAAUGGCUUUGGGCAAAAGUUUGGGUUAUGAGGUGUUGGCAGCCGAUUGCACUAGUUUCUAUUCGGCCAUUGUUUGUGAACGUUUGGGCAUGGAUCGGGUGUAUUUUAUAGCUUAUCAAGAUUAUGUAGAUGAGAAUAAUAGACCCAUAUUUUGUCCACCCUUACCGCAUGUGGGUUUGAGUUCAUUUGCAAUACGUUUAUGA